AGUGACAACCGAGCAUCAAAGAUCAAAAUGAAGUGCUUUCUCUUUUUUGUCUUGGUCCUGGGUGUUCUUACUAGUUCGAUCAAGGGGUCCACUACCGAAGGUCAGGCAACGCAUCAUGAGGCUGAAAACGUAGCCAAAAAAUUGGACGAUGUUACCUCAGCUGUGAAGUCUGCAGCCAAUUCGACUAAGACUGAAUCAGUAAUAUUAGCUACAAUCGUCCCAGUCCGCAAAGAACGAGGGGUCACUGCUGCGCCGCAUACUACUCCAAAGGCUGUGACCAGGAAGUCCCGUGAAGCCACUGCUGCCCCGCAUACUACCCCAAAGGCUGUGACCAGGAAGUCCCGUGAAGCCACUGCUGCCCCGCAUACUACCCCAAAGGCUGUAACCAGGAAGUCCCGUGAAGCCACUGCUGCCCCGCAUACUACCCCAAAGGCUGUGACCAGGAAGUCCCGUGAAGCCACUGCUGCACCGCAUACUACCCCAAAGGUCGUGACCAGGAAGUCCCGUGAAGCCACUGCUGCCCCGCAUACUACCCCAAAGGCUGUGACCAGGAAGUCCCGUGAAGCCACUGCUGCCCCGCAUACUACCCCAAAGGCUGUGACCAGGAAGUCCCGUGAAGCCACUGCUGCCCCGCAUACUACCCCAAAGGCUGUAACCAGGAAGUCCCGUGAAGCCACUGCUGCCCCGCAUACUACCCCAAAGGCUGUGACCAGGAAGUCCCGUGAAGCCACUGCUGCCCCGCAUACUACCCCAAAGGUCGUGACCAGGAAGUCCCGUGAAGCCACUGCUGCACCGCAUACUACCCCAAAGGCUGUGACCAGAAAGUCCCGUGAAGCCACUGCUGCCCCGCAUACUGCCCCAAAGGCUGUGACCAGAAAGUCCCGUGAAGCCACUGCUGCACCACACGCAACUACCGCUAAGACUACCGUAAAACAUUAACUACAUAAACGAAUAUUUUUUCAUGGUGACUUUUAGAUGAAAUAUUUUAAUUAACUGAGGUAUGUUAACGAUACGAAACAAAUGGUGACAGUUCUUCUAUAAAUUUAUCUAGUUGGGUUCGUAUGUUUUAAAAGAAAAAAUACAAAGAAAAUAUGUGACUA